AUGGCCUAUGGCAAGAUUAAAGGAAUCAUUGAGGACCUUUUUCUUGAAAGAGUUAUUGAGUUUGAUUUGUACCAAUAUCUGAAUGUUCUAGCCCCUAGGCUACCGGUUUUGUUCGGUAUUCCUAAAACUCAUAAAUCUGUAUUUAACCCCCCUUUUCAUCCCAUUGUUGAUAUUCGUGGCUCCAUCACUUGUGCAUGCGCUAAAUUUAUUGACAGUAUUUUAAGGCCCCUUAUUAAUCAAGAACUUCAGAUCUGCAAAGAUUCUUGGAGUUUUCUCCAAAAUCUGAAUGAAAUUCCUUUCGUGGCAGGUUUUUGGUUUUUAACCAUUGAUAUAAAAGAUCUGUAUACGGUGAUUCCGCAGGAUUUGGGUAUACAGUGGGUUCGUGAAUUUAUGUAUGAUAAAAAAAUUGAUGAUAAUAUCAUUUAUUUGAUCGAGAUUCUACUAGAAAUUGUUUUAAAUAACAAUUUCAUGUUGUUUGAAGGUAAAAUAUUUCUACAAAAAUCAGGAGUGGCAAAGGGAUCGCCCUGCGGUGGCAGUUUUACAACUGUGUCUUGGCGUACUGGGAGAAGACUUUUCUAUUUCCGAAUUCCUGAUUUAACAUGGAGAGAUGUACAACACCUGAUUGCCAGAACAGCAAAGAUUCCAAACCCAGUGGAACCUGGCUGGAGAGUGAAUGGAGGAGGACAUCAUGUUCAUGACAGGUAUGGGUUUGGCCUACUUGAUGCAGGAAUGAUGGUACAGCAUGCCUUGAAGUGGACGCAAGUUCGACAACAGAGAAAAUGUUCUGAAGAGCUGUUGCUACAACCUGGAAGGAUCGUCUCACCAGGCGAAAGUGUAACAGUCAGCUUAAAUGUGAAUGCAUGCAAAGCCACAAAAAAUGUAAUUAAUGUCUUGGAACAUGUGCAGCCUGUUGUUAGCAUUAGCAGCGUCUGCAGAGGUGAUCUCACAGUUGACCUGAUCUCUCCCUUCGGAACAAAGUCACGACUUCUGGGGACAAGACACAAUGACAUUUCUGACACUGGGAUGAAGAACUGGACUUUCAUGUCAGUCCACUUUUGGGAAGAAGAACCCGAAGGCAUCUGGAAACUAAAAGUACAGGAUCACAAAAACACAGCUUACAAGUGCUAUAGACCAGAAACAGAAGACACUGCUGGUGUGGUUGUAUACAUUAAGCUGAUACUUUAUGGAACAUAUGAUCUAAAGAAAAAAAACAUGGGCAAGGAGACACCAGUUCUUGAAGAUUCUAGUUUGCAACAGCAAAUUAUCGAAAAGGACUUCAUACAGGAGAAUACUGCUAAAGUCAAUGCAGGCGACAUACCAUUAAUACAAAGGAAAAAGAUUUCAAAGGUACUAAAUUCUUCUAAAAUGGCUUUGUCGUAUGCACCAGAGGAAAUGGAUGACACUGAUGGCUCAAACUUUGCAGCUCAUCUUAAGUUACUCUGGAACACAGUGAGAGAAAACGUGGUGGCCAGUUGGGCCAUUUAUACAUCACGUCCAGAUGUUAGUUUCACAAAGGUUCAACUUCUUGAUCCCCUUAUAAGGCACUACAUAAAGGAAAAAUACCUAUUAUCUUCAGAUCAAAGUGCUAGAGAACAUUUUGAUGCAAAGAAGGACCUUGGAGCUUACACAGACUCUGCAAAGUUAAGCGCAGAAGACCUUCUUGAAAUUUUAAAAAGAGAUGUGAAGAAGCUGCACAUGCUCAAAGAAAUGAUGGAUGCCCUUGACAAGCUAGUUCAUGAAAAGUAAAAAUAUGCAAGGCUUCAUGCAACACUAAGAUUCUGCUACAACCGGCAACUGCACCUGGCAUGUACAAGAAAUGAACUUUUAAAUAAACUUCCUGAUCAAUAUUUUAAAAUGUUGU